CCUGACUGUUGUAAGACAGUCAAUAUUAUUACCUUAUUGGCUCGCACUGUUAAUGCUAACAGCAUUAGAAAAGUAUUGCAGCCCUGGUCCAAAACAGCUGAUUGUUUUUGCGUGUUGUUUGCCUUAAGACGGGAGCUAAUUAAAAUGUUGCGUCAGUUAUUGAGCUCCACAGCCACACGUCGGGUGCUGCUACCGCGAGCAACAGCUACACGUUUCGUCAGCAGCAAUCAAAAUGGAUUGGACAAAACAGAAUUUGCAACGCCGCCCGAAAUAAUUGACUACGAGGAUCCCAGUCACUUACCGCUCCCACAGUAUCCUGCUCGCCCCGAUGAGCCGCUCCAGGCGCGCAAGCAGCGCUUGCUAUAUCAGAGUCGCAAACGCGGCAUGUUGGAGAACGAUCUGCUCCUCAGCACAUUUGUAGCCAAGUACCUGAAGGACUUUAAUGCGGAGCAGACAGCGCUCUAUGAUGAUCUGAUUAACGGUGUGAGCAACGAUUGGGAUAUAUUCUAUUGGGCCACAGAAACCAAACCCACUCCACCCGAGUAUGAUACGGAAAUCAUGAAGCUGCUCAAGGAACAUGUGAAGAAUGCGGAGCGUGUGCAACGUAUAAGGCAGCCGGACUUAUAGAGGAUUAAACAUCUCUAGGUACCUUCUAUGAUAAGCAGUUUGUACUAUGAUAAGCAAGCUUUGGCAUUUUACGUAGUUUUGUGUUUAACUUAAAUGAAAACAAUUUUCAAUGUUUUAUCAAUAAAAAAC